AUGCCCUUGGUCACCUGCAACUACGAAGCGCGGAGACGCGGAUUGCACAAACUGCAAUUGAUCACUGAAGCUAAGAAAAUAUGUCCAGACGUGAUUAUCGUCCUUGGAGAAGAACUAGGGCGCUUCCGAGAUGCAUCAAAGUUACUAUACAAGUAUCUUGAAUCGUUCACUUCGAGUGGUAAGGUUGAACGACUUGGUUUCGAUGAAGUCUGGAUGGAUGUGACCGAUAUGGUCGAUUGGAAUCAAGGUCUGCUAAACACUCAUGACUUGACCAAUUCUUUCUUUCAUUUGAACAAGAAUGACCCGACAAUCGGGUUCUCUUAUGAUGCGACAACUAUAGCCGGACAUUCAUUCCCCAAUACCAUCACGCGAGACGAUCCAACCAACACCCCUCUUCCGUCUCAAUUCUCAGACCCAAAAGAUGACCUCUCAACCCGUCUUAUUCUCGGCUCACACAUCGCCCAAUACCUCAGACUAGGCCUUGAAGAGAAUCAAGGCUACACCUCCACCGUCGGUAUCUCAACCAACAAGCUGCUAAGCAAACUAGUAGGAAACCUCAACAAACCAAAAGGUCAAACCACACUCCUCCCUCCUUACACAGACUCUCCAGAUUCUCUUCCAAAUCCAGAAGUAGAGGCAACCAACAACGUCCAGCUCUUCCUCGAUCCCCACGAAAUCGGCAAAAUCCCCGGCAUCGGCUGCAAAAUCUCCCAAAAACUACGAAACCACAUCCUCUCCCGCCCGGCAGCAUUCUCAACAGGUCUAAUCUACGGCCCAACCGAAGACCCCAUCUCCGUCCACGACGUCCGCACCUCUCCCUCUCUCAACCCCGCCUUCCUAGAGUCCCUCCUCUCUGGCCCCGGCUCCCACCGCGGCACCGGUCUCAAGAUCUGGAAUCUCGUCCAUGGAAUCGAUGAUUCAGAGGUACAACAGGUGAAGAAGGUACCUACGCAGAUUAGCAUUGAAGACUCCUAUAUCCGACUCAACACGCUCAGUGAAGUUCGCAAGGAACUGACAGCUUUGACGACAACCCUUUUGAAACGCAUGCACAUUGACCUGCUAACCGACAACGCCUGGCUCGCUCAUCCGAAAACCAUACGUCUGUCUACAAGGCCGCGGCCGCCGCUUGGUGCAGAUGGGACGCGUACACGCUCGUUCACGCGGAUCUCGAGGUCGGCGCCGCUUCCGAGUUAUGUUUUCACUCUCAAAGACGACGUAGAUUCCAUUGCCGAGAAGCUGGUUACGUCCACGCUGAUCCCGAUGUUCAAAUACCUCCAUCCCCAACCCUCCGGCUGGGAUCUCAGUCUCAUGAAUGUAGCAGUCACGAAUAUGGUUGAAGUGUCUACUGAAAAGGGAAGGGAUAUCAAGAGUUUGUUUAGUAGGAAGAGGGAGUGGGAUGUGGUGGAUAGGGAUGUUCCGCCUGAUGAUGUUGAGGAGAUGGAGGAUGUGGUGGAUUCGGUUCAACACAAUGUAUCUCACUCCCUUCAACCUGAUACGGAAACAGAAAACCCGGUGGAGCUUCGUCAACAGGGUUCUGAAGAUCUGAUUCUGCCUCUUUCUCAGAACUCGGAAGAGGGAUGGGAUGAUGAUGGUGAGGAGGAGGUGGAGGGGAGGGAAGGGUGCGUGGUUUGUGGGGCGAUGAUUCCACGGUUUGCGAUGGAUGCGCAUGGGCGGUGGCAUGUUAUGGAGGGGUGA